GCGCUGGCGUCAUAGACCCCCACCAAUCAGCGGCAGCUCCUCACCGCUUCCAGGAAGUAAACGUAGAAAGUUCAUAGCAGAGAGCAAGAAGAGCAUCAGGCUGGAGAGGUACAGCUGCUGACCUCGCGGCACGAGUCAAAAAUCAUCAUGUCCCUGACGGUUCUGACGUCUGCGUACAGACUGAGGUCCCUCUGCAGACUGCGGCGAGUCCAGGCUCACAUGAUGUCGAGCCAUGCAGAACCAGAGGUUCUCCUGGAGAAAGUGGGCAGAGCCGGUGUGAUCACCAUGAACAGACCCAAAGUCCUGAAUGCCCUCAACCUAACCAUGAUCCGGCAAAUCUACCCCCAGCUCAAGAAAUGGGAAAGCGACAAUGACACUGACAUCGUGAUCAUCAGAGGAGCAGGUGACAAAGCUUUUUGUGCAGGUGGAGACAUUAGAGCUGUCACAGAAGCCGGGAAGGUCGGCGACUCUCUUGCUCAGGACUUCUUUCGUGAGGAAUAUAUUCUGAACAAUGCUAUCGGAUCGUGCCAGAAGCCGUAUAUUGCCCUCAUUGACGGCAUAACAAUGGGAGGGGGCGUAGGUCUCUCAGUUCAUGGACGGUUUCGAGUGGCCACCGAGAAGACGCUGUUUGCCAUGCCAGAGACUGCCAUCGGGCUUUUUCCCGAUGUGGGAGGUGGCUAUUUUCUGCCGAGGCUCCAGGGGAAGCUGGGAUUGUUUCUCGCCUUGACGGGCUUCCGACUUAAAGGACGGGAUGUGCAGAGAGCCGGGGUCGCCACUCACUUUGUGGAGUCUAAGAAGAUUCCAGACCUGGAGAAGGAGCUCAUGGACCUGAAGCUUCCCUCUGCUGAAGAUGUCUCCAGAGUGCUAGACUCCUACCAGAACCAGAGCAGUCUGGAUGCUGAGAAGCCUUUCAUUUUGAAAAAGCACCUUUCUGAUAUAGACAGGCUGUUCAGCUCCAGCAGUGUGGAGGGCAUCAUGAAGAACCUGAAGACAGACGGCUCUGAGUUUGCUAAGAAACAAGCGGAGACUCUGUCCAAAAUGUCUCCCACAUCCCUGAAGAUCACCUUCAAGCAGCUGCAGGUGGGCGCGUCGCUGACCCUGCAGGACGUGCUGGUGAUGGAGUAUCGACUGAGCCAGGCCUGCAUGAGGGGAUGCGAUUUCUAUGAAGGCGUUCGAGCCGUACUCAUUGACAAAGACCAGAAUCCCAAGUGGAACCCAUCAACACUGGAGGAGGUGUCUGACCAGAUGUUGGAGCAGUGCUUUUCCUCGCUGGGAGAGAAGGACCUGACUCUGUGAAGUCAUGUUGGCCAGCAGCUGCCUCCCAGCUUCAAACAACACACCGCUAAGCCUUCUCUAAACGGUCCCUUCCUGUCCCCUACAUCCUUUUAUGGAGGAAUGUACCACUGUGGAUGGGAGUGUCCCCGUCAUAGUUCAUAAAUCGUGUUAUUACUUUAGAAUUAGUUGUUCCUGUGAUUCUUUAUGGAAAAUCAGGAUUGUCUCUCUGCAACUGAGUCAUGCUCACAGCCAGAAAUGAAACAUAACAGCAGAAAAGGUAACAGACAGUUUGCUGCAUUGUUGUUCUGCAGUAGUAGUGGAGUCUUUUUACAUAGUUUGUACAGCAGUAAUGUUAUAGCGCGGCAUAUCGAAGGAGCUGAACAGCAGUGUUACAUUAGCACAAGGACACGGGAGGGGAUGAUGAUCUCACCGCUGAGUGCUUCACUACAUUUCCUGUGGGUGUUUGUUGAUGUGACACGGAGCGGUAUCAUCUGUAGUUCUGCAGCGCGGUCACUGCUUCUGAUACGGAUCACGUAUCGUCUCUGCUUCCUGUUUCCCCCCCCCUCAAUGUUUAAAACGUUUAAAAACCUCAACACUGGAGAACAUUGAUCGUCUUGUUACAGCGCAGUGCUGGGAAAUCUAUGGGCACUAAUGUCGAUGUUACUUUGACGAGGUGCAGCCACCUAAAAGAUUUAGGCUUGAUCGGAUUUGCUGGAAAAAGCUCAGUCCGCAGAGGCCCCAAAGAUAGACUGUAUAUUAAAGAUGGGCAUACCCACUGUGACAUCAUGCCCUGGUUUCCUCUUUUUGAAGCCUCGAGCUGAGCCUUUUUAACUCUUUAAGACUAACGUUACGAGCUAGAGGUGGAUCUGACUGCUGUGCUCUGUCCUCCUGUUUACUGUAAUUUACACAGAACAUCACAUUUAGCCCAUAAACUUUUCAGGAAAGUGUUUUCUGUAAAUCAGUGUAGCAGUUAAGUUUUUUCUCACAAACAUCUAUUUAAAAAAGUGUUCUUUUUGCAGUUGGAAGAGUCACCCCCUGCUGGCCAUUACAAAGAAGGCAGGUUUAAGGUAUUUUGGCUUAACUUUUUAGCCCCAGAAGUUCAGCCCAUCUUCAUAUACAGUCUAUGACCCCCACCCUGCGACCAACUGGAUCCAAAGGACCGUCCUAAUGCCAGUCCAUUCCUUCGUUAAGUCAGAGCUGUUUGCUCAUAUUAUGUUGCAGCACCAACAUCAGAAUAUCAACGCAAUCCAUCUGAAAUUUGAAGCAUUAUUUCAUUUCAUUUUAAUUUUAGUGGUUACGGGACAUGAAAACUCGACUCAUUGUUAAAAUCUGAUUAAAAUCCCAAAAUAAAAAGCCCCCCCUUCCCCUCUAAAUUCCAAUUCAGGUGUUCUUGAAUGGAUGAAUGGAUUUGGACAAAUGGUUUCAGUGUCGUGGCUGAUUAGUUUAAGUACUGCUUGUAGUUGUUUUAGGUGCAACAGGGAUUUAAACAGGUGUUUUAACACAAAUCCAAGUAAUACUUUGAAGACGAACCUAGAUAUUAGUACUUAUAUCAGAGCGUGUUUGCAUGAUUUUUUUUCAAACAAAGAUGGUUUUAGCCGUCUGAAAUGUGCGAUGUUGUGUUUUCCUGAUGUUUGUUCAGAGGAAAUCGAAUCACUUCCCUCAUCGUUAGGUCUCUGCAGCUGCAUUAUUUAUGAAACAACCGGUCAGAGUCGAUGCUGGAACAGAGGGCAAUAAAAGAGCUGCUCACAUCAAAUUCUGUG